AUGAAGGAAGAACAAGAGGCAGCAGCUUCGACUUCACUGCAACAAACACUGCAACUUGUCAGCUCAUUGGUUUCCUCCUCCUACUCGAUUCCAUGCUUCGCGGGGAAAUGGCAGUUGAUCCGCAGCAAACUCGAGCAACUAGUUUCAGGCCUCACAGUGGCUACAAACAGCAACUGCUUCAGCAAAGCCAAUGAAUUGGCUAAACUGAUUCUGUCGACCUUGGGCGACGUCAGUCCGCUCUUGGAUCGAUGCAGUGAUGGAUCUUACGUCGGCGGUAAGCUCCAUUUGAGGAGUGAUCUUGAUGCUGUCGUCUGCAAGCUUGAGUUCCACAUCAACAGCUUCACUGAAAUGAACUCUUCCCCCAAUGUGAUGAACUCCCAAGCCAUCAUCCUAUCAAAGCCAGGUGCCAAUGCCAGUAGAGAGGACAUCAAAUUCUAUAUCAAAGAUCUCUUAUCGAGGCUAAGGAUUGGAGAUCCGAUCAUGAGGAUCCAAACCUUAGUUGCCCUCAAAGAAAUUCUCGUCAAAGAUGAGAAACAUGUAAGAAUUAUGACAACAGAGGUAAAUGAUGCCAUAGAUAUCUUAGUGGCCUUUCUCGAAUAUAAAGAUGCUGGUGUUCAAGAAGGGGCUGCGGGAGUUCUCUCUGUGAUCGCCGAGUUGAAUUCUCACAGAGGAGCACUUGUUGCAUCAGGUGCGAUAGCUCCACUGAUACAAGUCUUGGAGAAGAGCACUGAAUUGGGCAAAGAGAGUUCAGCAAAAGUGCUGCGGAAACUAACCGAGAAAUCGGACAAUGGGUGGUCAGUUUCUGCUCAUGGAGGCAUCACAGCUCUGCUCAAGAUAUGUGUCCAUCCAAAUAGUAGCAAAGAGUUAGUUGUUUUGGCUUGCCAAAUUCUGAAAAACCUUAGUAGUGUGGAAGAGAUGAGGAGGUUCAUGGUGGAAGAAGGAGCAAUUCGGGUUCUUUUGAAGCUCUCGAAUUCGAUUGAGGAAGCUCAUCAGAUUCAAGCGAUCGAAUUGCUUCAAGAUUUGGCAUCCGGUGAUCAGAGUAUCAAACAAAUUGUUAUCAGAGAAGGGAUCAUUGAUUCACUGCUUCAGUUACUUGACCCUGCUUCGCCAUACACAGCAAAGGCAAGAGAAGUGGGUCUCAUGGCCGCCCAAUCACUGUGCUUCUCCUCUGCAAGCUCUAUCAAUACACUGAUAAACUCUGGUUUCUUACAAAGAUCGCUUUUUUACCUGAAUCACGGUGAGGUUUCGAUCCAGGAAUUGGCUCUGAAGAGCUUCUCCCGCCUCUGUGAGAUCUCUGCGGACUACAGAAAGGCCAUGGGCAAUGCUGGCCUCAUGCCACAGCUUGUGAGACUAACGGGGGCCAAAUCAUCUGAAAUCCGAGAAAAAUCAGCAGAGAUACUUGACAAGUUGAUAUUCAUCGAUCGAAAUAGGCGAAAAUUCAUCGAAGAAGAACACAACGUAAACCAGAUCAUGAGAUGUCUUGCUCUCGAGGACAGAUUAGUCACAAAGAAUCAUCUGCUCUCCGUAUUGAAGGCAGUGGCAGAGAGCAGCAACGGGAGGAGGAUGAUCAUGGCUUCUGGUUGCGUGCACUACGUUGAGAAAUUAGCAGAAGCCAAUGAAUUGGAGGCGAAGAAGGUAAUGAAGAAGCUUUCCUGCAAUCGAUUAAGGAAUAUACUGAAUGCAAUUUGGAGCCCCUGA